AUGUCGACCGCCGCCGGAGUCCCGAUGAAAGUAGGACCUAUACUGGUCCGCAUGUCUUACUCCAGGAACCUCCGCGGCAUCUGCCACGGCGAGAACCGAUAUGCUCGUCCCUUUCUCCCCUUCUCCGCAUUAUACGUGCGUGUGUGUGACACCAAUCUUUCGCUCUCUCCCCGGAGUCUCUCUCUGGGUCUCUGGAUUGUUCCUCCCCCGACCCCGCUCAUCUCAUAUUCGCACUCGCGUGAAGCUGGGCCGCAUCCGCGCUUUAGCGAAUCGAGCAGCCCAUCCCUCACCAUUGUCAGCAGCAUCAUCGUCAUAAUCAUCACCAUCAUCACCAUCAUCACCAUCAUCACCAUCAUCACCAUCAGCAGCAUCAUAGGCCACCAAUUUGAAACGACUAGUGGACUCGGAACCUAGUUCCCGCGCCUGUCGUGGGAUGUUUAGUGCGUCUGUCCCCCCUCCCCGCCAAAUGGGGAGUGAAUCAUAGGCCAACAUAGGCAGCAUGAUGGUGCCUGGGGCUAGCUGGAUAUAUAUCCGUACAUGACAUGAGUACGCGCAUAUUGCGUCC